AUGGCAGCCUCUCCUGAAUCUCGAUCGCGACCUAGUGUUCCCCCACGAUCACUAUCAGGUGUACGGGAAGUCCGUCGGCGCAAUCGACCGAUCAAUUCUUGCUUCGAAUGCCGGCAACGAAAAAUCAAAUGCGACAGAUUGGCAACUUGUUCGAGCUGUGCGGCUCUACGGGUCGAAUGUUUAUAUCUCACUCCGGCUGAUAACAAAGUGCGAAGAAGGAAAUUGGCCGAGAUGAAAGACCGAAUGAAUGCGCUGGAGCGGAACCUCGAGCGUGAAGUUGUCAGUGAACGACUCGGGUCGAUCAAACGAGAAGCUUCAUCCACCGCAGGAGAUCCAGCGGGUGACGAAGAUGGCGAGUUUUCCAACGAUGAAGAGAAUGCCUUGGAGCCCACCCCACUCGCUGCCUUGGACAAUGUGUACGAGAAUGUAUACGAGACGAAUGUCAAUGUCAACGACGAGCUCAUGGAUCUCGGUGUGCAAAUGGGCAAAAUGCGCAUCUCUGAGCGAAUAGGAGGCUACAUCCGUCCGAAGCUGGUGGAUGAGUUAUAUGACUCACUCGCCGACGUGAAGUCCAACAAAUCGAAGGAAGCCAUGACACCAUGCGGUGACGAGCAGCAAAGUUGGCAAGCAGCCGCGCAAAGCCUGAGAGCGGCGCCGAUCAGCUAUAUUGGCCCUGGGCCUGAUUAUAUCGCUCCCUCAUCGACGUUUUUCUUCUUGGGUCCUGGCUCAGCUGGCUCCUUGAUGGAUCACCUGCCAUCGAAGAAUGCAUCUGAUAUCCUAAUUGCACAAUACUGGAACGCAGUACAUUACAUGUGCAAGAUCGUACACCGGCCAUCGUUCGAGGCCCAGUAUAGGGUCUUUUGGGCAACGAUACAUACUGGGACCGAGCCUGUGGCGCCACUCCAAGCCAUCAUGUUUGCAGCCAUGUUCUCCGCAGCGGUCAGCAUGACGGAAGAACAAACCCUGCAUUUCUUUGCAGAGUCGAGGGCAGUAUUGAUCGAUCGUCUACGCUCCGGAGCGGAGAUGGCGCUCGCCAAGGCCAACUUCUUACGGACGACCAAGAUUGACACCAUCCAGGCAUUCACCAUGUACCUGAUACCUUUUGUUCGAGCGGAAAUCUCUCGAGCUCACUCUGUUCUGGUGGGCUCUGCGAUUCGACUGGCAGAGUGCAUGGGAUUGCACCGUGACGGUACAUUGUACCAGAUGGGUGUCAUUGAAGUGCAGGUUCGACGAAUGAUCUGGCACCAACUUUGCUUUCUAGAUAUUCGCACUUGCGAGGCGACUGGACCACGCCCGCAGAUCCGCAGAGAAGAUUACGAUACGAAGAUGCCAUGGAAUGUCAAUGAUGAUGACCUGCUUGGACCAAACCCUGUGGUCAAGGAUAAAGAGGAAUGGACGGACAUGACCUUUAUGCGACUCCGCGCCGAGUGCAUGGAGAUGCGUCGUCAGGUCUUCUUCGACAUCAUCGCCGUCGACAAGAAGACCAAAUCUCUGACUUCACUUUUGGUCAAGAUUCAAAAGUUCCGAACGUCCCUCGAGGAAAAGUACUUGCCGUGGUUAGACGCUUCGGUACCUUUGCACAGCCUGGCUCGUCUAGUCUUUGAACUCGGGACUCGAUCCCUCCACUUGCAGACUUUGCACCGAUAUCUUUUCAACAUGAAGCAACAAAUGCCGGACCGCCUCCGCCAGGUCUUGAUCGAAGCUGGCCUAGCCCAGAUGGAGUCUGCGAUUGCGCUCGAGACCACGCCUUCCCUUCAGCCCUGGGUCUGGUACAAAGGUGCCUUUAACCAAUACCACUCGGCACUGCUGCUUCUCGUCGAAGUUUGCAACUAUCCGAUGCGCAAAGACGCCGUCCGGAUCUGGGCCUGUCUGGACUACAUUUUCGAGAUCCCACCUCAUCUCGCGCCGAAAGAGAAGGCCGAACUUGUGGUCUCCGACCUCGCCGCACGCAUGACCGUCUACCAAAAUAUGCGGAAGUUGAAGGCGCCGACGUUGAUGGAGGAACGUCUGGGCACAGGGAGCAAGUCCUCCCUGAGAAUCAACACCGCGUCCACUGCGUUGUCCAAUCUGGAUGGUGUCAUCGAUGCAAAUGGACAAAUGUUCCAGAAGCAGGCGACUAUGCCAAUGGGCUUCUCGCCGCCACCGAACGAAGCGACCGAAGGAGAAUCUUCAGGCAGUCAGAACGGAGAUAACCCCAUGCUUCGGGCUGGGUUCGAAGCUGUGAUGCAAGACAUAGAUUGGGUAAGAGGCAUACCAUUCUGCUCGUAA